CGCUAUCUCUACGGUGUCCUCUGACGUUGUUUGUGUGCAUUAUUGGUUCGUUGGUUUCCAAUGAUGUGUGGGUUACUCUAGUUCUAGUCUCACACACGACAUAAAACUACGUAAUUACGAUAUAAAAUUACGUAAUCAUGAUGACUGUACAUCCUAAAACAACGUUUUAACUGUUAUGGAAUCAGUCAUGGGAGACUCGAAGGAAGUGAUUUGGAAGCGACGCGGCGGUGGUCCGAAAACCAAUGCGAAGAGGUGGACUGAUCAGGAUAACAACCCAUGUGUUUCAGAAGCAAAUGCAUCAUAUGAGUGUCUCCAUGAAACCAACUUUGACAGAAAGUUGUGCCAGACAUAUUUUGUUAAUUAUCAAAAUUGUCAAAAGUUUUGGCUGAAUAUUCAAAGAGAGAGGAGGAAACUUGGGAUUAAACCAUCACUUCCACCAGCAGAGGAAAGAGACAGAAUUAUUCAAGAGAGACAGUAAUAUUGAACCAUGUACUGCCUGUGAGUACUGGUGGCAGGCCUGGGAUUAAGCAAACGGAAGAGCAGAGACCAAUUGCUUGAACCAUACAUUGGACAGCUCAGGGAUUUGUUGAAGUGCCUCCAUUGAACUCCUUCAAGUUGAGUUGUUUCAUGCUGUAAGAUUUAACCAACACAGGAUGGUGGUUUUCACACAUUGUCCAACGACUGUAAAUGUACAUGUACAUGGAAAAGCUGUAUGUUAAAGCGCCUUGAGCGUCACAGAGUGACAGAGAGUUUGGUCAGAAUGCCCUUCAUCCAAAUUAAUUCAAUAUAUACGCUAAACAUUCUCAUCAAAAUAAUUUAUAGUUUUGGCCUGGCUCAAUCUUGCCCCUUUGAAUGUUGAUAAAGUCAAGGCCAAAUUGGCAUGCCCUAAUUCCCUAUAUUAGUCAAGGCCUGGUGUUGACCUCACUCAUCCAAACUUUCAACAGUUUGUGUAUUUAUAAGCAUGAUAAGUGAGUUUCUGCCUAGUACAAAGUGUGUGGUAGCACAACAGGUGCUUAUACAUGUAAGAGUGUUGUGACAUGCUGAUAUAAACUAGCAAAUACGUGUAAUAGUUAAACAUCCAUGUGUUGACUGAAUUACAGAAAAUAUUGACUCCUCUGAUUUUGUUAUACUGUGGUUUCCAUAAUAAGCAUCUAAUCCCUAUUUGUGUGUUGCACUACUAAUAAACGAGAAGUACAAUGCAAACUGA